AUGACGGUGGCCGGGCUGUGGCAGCGGUUGCUGGACGUGUACUACACGUUGGAGCAGUGUUACGACACCAUGGCGUGGCUGGUGGAGCUGGAUUUGCCUGGUUGUUACAGGAUGGCGCUGCUGCCGGAGGCGGUGGCGGUGGCGCUGAAGUACGGCACCUACGUGUCGGUGAUCGACGUCUACGGCCACCUGGGCGUCAAAUUGACCCUGGUGGUGUAUAACCUGACUCCCCUGAGCCAUGUGGUGGCGUUUCUGUUGCACCACGACCACUUGGUGGUGGUUUUAAGCUCGGGGAGGUGGCGCUACUAUACCGACUUCCACGGCCAUUUCAACGAGUACGACUUAGUCAAUUCUCGAACCACGCUUACCAGUGACUAUAUCAUUUCAGAAACUAAUGAAUCAGAGGCGUAUAUUACCAAUUUGGAGAACGGAAGCCACGAACCCGUGGUGGGUGUGUCUAACGCCGCCGUAUGGCACGAUUGGCUCGUGGUGACGAUGGCAGCGGGGAUCACGGUGGUACCGCUCCCCACUACUCCGACAAAUAUGGGAGACCUUCGUCUGUACUGGCUUCGUUUCCCUACUCGCAACCUUGUCCUGUUUACUGGACACGAACACUCAAUCUACGCUGCCGUGGGGAAACUGGUAGCUCGAAUUGACGUUAAUAUUGCUGAUAACAGCUACGAUGUGGUUGAUUUUGGCGUUACUGAAGGUCCCUAUACGGAAAUUGCCGUGAGUCCUAAUGGCAAUUUGGUGGCGUUAUACAGUCGCCAACAGGCGACAGUGCUGGUGGUCAAUCACCUGUUUUCUCAAGUACUUCUACAGUAUACAGUGGCGGGCGAUCAUGCGCUGGUAUCGCAGAUGGCGUGGGUGGGUAAUGAUGCUCUUGCUUUAGCAAUGCGUGAUGAAGUGAGAGUGGUGGGACCGCUGCAGCUGCACUUGUCGUUCUUUUACGAUACUGUUGACGAUGACUUUGACCUUACCAAUCUUUUAAAUGAUCCUACGCUGGCGGAUGUCGCGCCCGUGGCCCCCAUCGUCCCCCGUUUAGCCACUACUGGUGAUGGCGCUUACGUGUACACCUCAGCACAGCUCCAAUUCCUUUCUCGUGUAGGUCAACCGAUGCUUGACUUAUUUGAAGUGGGGCUGUCUCACCCGGGAGCCAUUCUACUUGAUGGUUUAGAGAAACGUGCCGUUCACCCACUGAAAGCGGAUAUCAACAUUCAGCUUCUUAAACUGGACCCAGGAGCUUUGGUCAAAGCGAUUAGAGUGUGUCUUGAAGCAGCUCUAGCUCUGUUUAACGUUGGUCUACAAAAGAAACUUCUCCGAGCCGCUACUUUUGGCAAAAUGUAUCUCGAUCUCGACGACAAGUUUGACUCUGAUGAGUACUGCGACGUGGUCAAUACUCUUAAGGUUCUCAACCAACUUCGUGCCUCUGACGUUGGCGUGUUCGUCACCUACCUUCAAGCCCAGCAGGACUGGCUCCAGGUGGUGAAGUCGUUGUUAUUGCGUGAUAAGUAUGGAGUGGCACUUCGUGCUUCCGAGCUUAUCCCUCACCUCAAAUCUUACCGACUGAUGAUUUACGUUUACUGGUGCUGUGCUAAGAUUAUGGGAUCACCGACUAAAUCAGAUGAUGAGCUUUACCAAGCAAUCAAACUGAGACUCGCCGAAGUGUCAACCAAUGUCGAUGUGGCGGCGAUCAUCGAUACCGCGCAUAAUGAAGGCCGGCCGCAAUUGUGCAAGCAGGUGAUUGCGCUUGAACCGCUUAUGUCUCGCCGGAUCUCGGCCUACCUUCGUUACGAUGAAACUGAACACGCGCUUGUAGUGGCGUUGGCCAGUGGUCAAGUGGAUAUGGCUCAGCUUGUGCUUGUCCAUUUGCAGGAAACCUUAGCACCUCUGCGAUUUUACAAAGUGCUUGGCCAAACGGAAUCAUCGCAAACGGUGGAACCGCCGAAAAUUUUGGCCAAAGUGCUGGGUGAAUUGAUUGGUAACUUUUGGGUCAACACCGUGGCAAAAGAUAACUCAGGCGAUCUUGAGCAAUACUACCAGCAACACGAUGACUUUAAACAACUAGCCAAACUUCGGUACCAGGCUCGUACCAAAGACUAUGAUGGCACCAAGUCUGCUUUACGCCAACUCCAGCAAACGCUGCGCCACCUGAAGGCAGUGUUCCAAAGACAAAUUGAUUUGCUCGAUUGCAAACUGCACUUGUGCUCGGUAUUCAACACCAACGAGUUUUUGGACAAUCCUGACGAGACGCUCGUUGACGUGUUAGUUCGUCUUAUCAAAAUGAACCAACUCAAACAGGCGCAAAAGGUGGUGAAGCAGUUCAAAAUGGCUACCGAGAAGUUCCACCACUUGGUACUCCGCACUUACACCGACACCAAGCAAUGGGACCAUCUCUACCAGUUUGCCCAAGGGGAUAAGCUGCCGAUAGGAUGGAAGCCGUACAUCGAUGCUGGUUUAGCAAACCAGGCUCCUUCCAGCCACAUCUCCGAGUACAUUCGACGGUGGCAGGGCCGGCCCGAGGAAAAGAUCGAGAUGUAUUUACGCAACCGCGACGUAUCGGGAGCUGCGGAUACUGCGUUUAGGGCCAAGGACGUGGCUAAACUCCGGGAGAUGCUCCUGGAGUAUCAAUUGGACGAGCACCAACAACUCAUCCAAGUGUACUUGCAAAAAUUGAAUGCCUAA